AUGGCUCUAAUAGCUUCCACGACCAUCAUUACCUCCGUCUCCCUCUUCCACCUCACCCUCGCUUUCUUCUUCCUCUCCAACCCGCGAACCAUCAACGAACAAGCGCUAGUAUGGGUUCUCGGUAACAGCAUGGGCAUGCCCAACAGCCGCGGGUUCGAAUCCCAAAGCCACCCCCUCGGACUCCUCUCCGUCGUACUCGCCCUCGUCGGCAUCAGCGACCUCGUCUCCCUCUCCAUGCCCGAGGAAAUCACCCUCAUCUACUACUGGGGCGCCCAAGCUCCCAUCCGCUCCCUCUUCUUCAUGAUCGUCCUCUUCUACGCCUUCCUCACGGGCCCCUCCUCCCCCUUCUUCGCCUCCGUCAACCCGCGCGGCCGCUUCGCCCACCCGAGCGCCCACAACCCCUCCUACACACCGGGCACCUGGGGCGGCGACACCCUCAAGAACAGGGUCGCCUUCACCUUCCUCUUCCUCGAGAUGAUCUCCUGGUUCUGGGUGUGGCUCACCCUGCGCGAGGAGAGGCAGGCCCUCGUCCACAAGCUGCGGAAGAGGAGCGGCGAGGACAAGGACGACUGA